AUGUCCAUUGCAUCAGGGUCCGGGGCAUUGCAGGCCACCCGGAUGCAGUUAAUAGCCGAAAUGGUAUGGAAGUAAAAGGGGAGACUUCACAUGCAUGGUAUACAGGUGCAGGGGGCCACACAAAGGCCAUGGAAUCCCACACAGAUUGAUUUAACCCGUUUAUAAAGCUGCAAAACACGAAGGGAUAUUUAUGUCAUAGGCUUUAAUGCAGGUCAGGCCUGAUAUAUUGUAUAACAUGUAUAAUAUCUUAAUGUGCGAUUGACACUCAUUGAAAUACUGCAUUUGAUAACUCUUUUCAUGGGGGUAUUGACCCAGAAAGUGAUUUCUGAUUAAACAUAUUCAGUAACACUUUAUGAGCAGUUAUUGUCACGUAUGUUGUGCAGUACAAUAAGGCGUUAUGAAUGUGUUUGCAUUAUAUGAAGAGGGUAUUCAUGGGAUGUGUUACCAGAUAGUUUUAUAUUUUCAAUGAAGUUGUCAUCUUCUGAGCCUGUAUUAAUAUGGAAACUUAUAGGUAAGGCCUUAGGCAGGUCUAAAGUGGCUAUAGUGAUUAUUUUGAUAUUUUAUUCUCUAGUGAGCAGGUUGCUACCUGAUUGAAAGACUGUAUAAGUCUCCAGACUCUGAUGGACUGAGGUUGUAAGCUGAGAUAAAUGGGACAUCAGGUGCUCUUUUGAUGUGGACUCUCACAAGGAACAACAUGAAGAAACGCAUGAAUGGAUGAAAAAUGAGGCCUGUCCAAUCAUUCAAUUAGAAUACAAAACAGAUGCCGUAGUCUGUGCACGGAAGUUUGUGCACCCACACAAACACGCGUACAGGCAUUCACACACAUACACAUGCAUACACACACACACACACACACACACACACACACACACCAUUACACACCCACACCAAGCAUUAAGACAAUAGUGGCCACAAUCUAUUUUGGCGACAGAAUAACUGUCCUCGUCUGAAGUGAUGAUGUGAGUGAAUGGGAGGCAAUAUCAAUGACAAUGACAACUGUUUCAUUAUGAUAACCCCCCCAAGCUUGGUCUAUCUGUACAGUACGAUAGCAGCCAAAUAGGACAUUAAACCUUUUACUGCAGUGGGCUAAAUCAGGGUCACACAGUGUUUCUUGGUAGUCUUAAACAAAUCUACUUUGAAACAAAAGUCUACACCUCACACACAAAAAAAAAGAAGACCCCUGUACCAUGUCAGAUGUAGAGUUGAAAUGUAUUACAUUUGGAGUUUAGAUCCCAAUAUUACACUUUAUAUACAGUGCAUUCGAAAAGUAUUCAGACCCCUUGACUUUUUCCACAUUUUGUUACCUUACAGCCUUUUUCUAAAAUUGAUUAAAUAAACAAUGUUCCUCGUUAAUCUACACACAAUACUGCAUAAUGACAAAGCAAAAAAAGUUUAUUUGAAAUUUCUGCAAAUGUAUUACAAAUAAAAAACAGAAAUACCUUAUUUACAUAAGUAUUAAGACCCUUUGUUAUAAGACUUGAAAUUGAGCUCAGGUGCAUCCUGUUUCCAUUGAUCAUCCUUGAGAUGUUUCAACAACUUGAUUGGAGUCUACCUGUGAUAAAUUCAAUUGAUUGGACAUGAUUUGGAGAGGCACACACCAGUCUAUAUAAGGUCCCACAGUUGACAGUGCACGUCAGAGCAAAAACCAAGCCACGAGGUUGAAGGAAUUGUCCGUAGAGUUCCGAGAGAGGAUUGUGUCAAGGCACAGAUCUGGGGAAGGGUACCAAAACAUUUCUGCAGCAUUGAAGGUCCCCAAGAACACAGUGGCCUCCAUCAUGCUUAAAUGGAAGAAUUUUGGAACCACCAAGACUCUUCCUAGAGCUGGCCGCCCGGCCAAACUGAGCAAUCGGGGGAGAAGGGCCUUGGUCAGAGAGGUGACCAAGAACCUGAUGGUCCCUACGGUGAAGCAUGGUGGUGGCAGCAUCAUGCUGUGGAGAUGUUUUUCAGCGGCAGGGACUGGGAGACUAGUCAGGAUCGAGCUAAAGAUGAAUGGAGCAAAGUACAGAGAGAUCCUUGUGGAAAACCUGCUCCAGAGUUCUCAGGACCUCAGACAGGGAUGAAGGUUCACCUUCCUUCCACAGGACAACGACCCUAAGCCAAGACAACGCAGGAGUGGCUUCGGGACAAGUCUCUGAAUGUCCUUGAGUGGCCCAGCCAGAGCCCGGACUUGAACCAGAUCAAACAUGUCUAGAGAGACCUGAAAAUAGCUGUGCAGCGACUCUCCCUAUCCAACCUGACAGAGCGUGAGAGGUUCUACAGAGAAGAAUGGGAGAAACUCCCCAAAUACAGGUGUGCCAAGCUUGUAGCGUCAUACCCAAUAAGACUUGAGGCUUUAAUCGCUGCCAAAGGUGCUUCAACAAAGUACUGAGUAAAGGGUCUGAAUACUUAUGUAAAUUGAAUAUAUCUGGUUUUUAUCUUUAAUAAUCCCCCCCCCCAAAAAAAGUUUUUGCUUUGUCAUUAUUGGGUAUUGUGUGGAGAUUGAUGAGGGAUAAAACAAAAACAAAAAAAGUGUAUAAUUAUGAAAUUAUGAAAAAUAUUAAUAACAUUCCACCCAUGAGGCCACUAGAGGGCGAUUUGGUUAUUUGACUGCAGGAAAGGGUUCUACGUUAACUGAGGUCUGCUUUUAGGAGUGAUACCCCUGUGUGACUGCCCUGUUGAUUACCUCUCUCUAUGUCUUUCUAUCUCCCACACCCUACUCCCUCUCCCUAUCACCUCCUCCCUACUCCCUACUCUCCCUCCCUCUCUCUAUCUCUCUCUUUCCCUCCCCUCUCCCCCCUGGUAGCUGGUGAAGUCAACCCUAGGACAGGAGACUCAGGAUGAGAAGAUGGCCACCCUGCUGCUACCACCGGGUCCUGACAGCUUGCACCGGUUCUCCCGGGAGUCUCUGGCUGCCGUGGAGCAGCGGAUCGCAGAGGAAGAGGCCCGGCGCACCAAGCACUACCAGGAGGACCUGGGAGACGUGGAGCUGCCCCGGCCCCGGGCCGACCUGGAGGCUGGCAAACAGCUGCCGCGCAUCUUCGGCGACAUCCCCGCCGGCCUGGUGGGCGUCCCACUGGAGGACUUUGACCCGUUCUACUUCAAGAACCACAGAGUGAGCUCUGGGGGGUGAUGGUGGUGGGAGAAUGGGAGGAGCUGUGUGUGUGUGUGUGUGUGUGUGUGUGUGUGGGUGUGUGGGUGUGUGUGUGUUUGUGUGUGUGCGUGAGGUGGUGGGUGUCUCUCUCUCAAGUGUCCUUGUACUUGUGUUCGAAUGCCUGUGAGUGUUGAAUGUGUAUCUAAGAACAUGUCACCUCUUAUAUCAUCACUGACAUUGCUUUCCUUUGUCUAUUGGACCUCCUAGAAGGAUUUCGUCUUUAGUACCGUUCCAAUUACUGGAACAUCUUCCUGUGUUCUUUUAUUCAUCUGAACCAAUUUCCCCUUCUGAAACACAUCUCUGAUGUACUCACAGUGACCAUCCUUAUAGCUCUGAAAUGGUGUGUGUGUGUGUGUGUGUGCAUGUGCGUGUGUGUGUCAUCAUUCUUAAUGGAAACUGUCUGUGGCCUUUGAGGACGGGUUGAAAGGAUUCCCCAUGUCCAUGUUUGGGCCCUGUGACUGGGCCUGUUUGGGCUGAUGAUUCAGGAUAUGUGUGUGUGUACGUGCACGUGCGCGCGCGUGCACGUAUGUGUGUUCGCAGGAUGCAAAAGGUAGGACUGACUUAUGAAUGAAAGGAUAAGUCAGACAGACAGACAGACUGAUGAUGGUUUAGUGUUGCCUCCACUAUCAGUUUCUCACACAGUCCUUCUUCCUUAAUAACAGUUUUGAAAUGGGGUUGUGUGUCCCCAACUGUGUAGACUGGAGGGUGCCUCAUCAAGUCAUUCUAUACAGUAUAUCUCCCAGAAUGGCACAUUUUUGUUCCAGCCCAGCACCAGCACAUCCAUAUUGAACUACUCAAUUAAUCGUCAAGCCGCUUGAUAAGUUGAAUUAGGUGUGUUAGUGCUGGGCUGGAACAAGAAUGUGCAACCCUGGGGGUACUGUAGGACAGUAGUUGAGAAUAACAUGUAUUCCAGGAUGUGAAUAUUAAGCUUUUAAGCUGGUGGAUAAAUCUAAUUGAACUGACAGCUAUGGCCGUAGUUGGUGUGGCAUGAGUUGGAUUUAAGUGAUUUGAGUGUGUAGCAAUUGAGGACAUAACAUUUGAUUUGAUUUAAUCAGUUGCCCAGGGAGUGGAAAUUGUACCGUUACAGUAUGUGAAAAGGACAGAGGCUAGAGUACUGGUUUUAAGGUUGUCACGCCCUGACUCAGGGGACGCUUAUAUGUUGAGUCAGGGUGUGUAUAUUUCCUUGUUGUGCUUUUUCUAUGUUGUCGAUCUAGUAUGUGUGGAUCUAUGUUGGCCGGUGUGGUUCCCAAUCAGAGGCAGCUGUCGCUCGUUGUCUCUGAUUGGGGACCAUACUUAGGCAGCCUAUUGGCACUGUCUAGUUGUGGGAUCUUGUUCCGUGUAAGGUAUGUUGUGUGUGCUACCUUGGACGUCACGUUUCAUUUGUUGUUUUGUUGUGGUGUUUAUCAGUAAAUAAACAUGUACGUAUAUCACGCUGCGCCUUGGUCUGACCCGUCCUUCAACGAACGUGACAAAGGUGCUCAGUUUUAAAAUUGGCCUUUCAAAAUUCAUCAGUCAGGAGCUUUGGUUGGUGGAUACAGAGGGAGGCUGAGGUCUGUAGAGCUAGUUCUCCUGGGGAUAGAGGACAUGUCAGGUGGAUACAGUUGUGGGUCCUCUCCUCACUUUCCUCUCUCUUCCUCAAUGUUUCUGCCUCUUCCCCCCCUCCCCUCACUCUCUCUCUCCCCAUCCCUCCUGCACCCCCCCUCUCUCUGUCUGUCUCUUUCUCUCUCUCUCUCUAACUCUCCCUCAAUCUCUCUCUCCCCAUCCCUCCUGCACCCCUUUCUCUGUCUCUCUCUCUCUCUCUCUCUCUCUCUCUCUCUCUCUCUCUCUCCUCUCUCUCUCUCUCUCUCUCUCUCUCUCUCUCUCUCUCUCUCUCUCUCUCUCUCUCUCUCUCUCUCUCUCUCUCUCCUCCAGAGGAUAAGAGCUCCUGCUAAUUUCCCAAAGGUUUUGUAGGGGAAUGGAACAAAUAAACCAAACCAAACCAACCUCAUUGUUUACCUUAACCGGCACAGGCCAUCUGAUAAUCCAAUAGGUCUAUGCAAGCCCACACCGACAGAGAGUGGAUAGACCUGCUGGUACUAUAUGAACUACAUUUUAAGAGAUGUUUUCAGAUGACUAUGAAAGCUUGGGAUGUGGACUCAUCAUUAGUCUGUUUAGAGGUCUGAAUACAUCGGACCAGGGUUGCAAAAUUCCAGUAACUUUCCCAAAAUUCCUAGGUUUUCCAGGAAUCUCUGUUGUAACAUUCCCGGAAUCAGGAUGUAAUAGGCAGGAAAUUCAGUAUUUCUGGAAAAUAUGGGCUGGGAAAGUUACUGAAAUUAUGCAACCCUACAUCGGACACGAGUGUAAUGUCUCUUUACAGAGCAGAGAGCACCAGCACGGGGGGCUUGCCAUGUAAUCAGUGCUUAUGUUUGGGUGUGUGUGUGUGUGUGUGUAGAUGUACUGUAAGUGUGUGGUUGGUGCCACCGCAAGUUUAUUGUACAUGUUUAUUGCCAUGCCAUAUUGUCCUUAACCAUGAUGCAUCUCUCUGGUUCUUUCGAUCUCUCACCCCCCCCCCCCCCCACCCACCCUCUCACAUUCUUCCUCUCUCUCUCUGUCUCUCUCACUUCCUGUUUCUCCACAGACAUUUAUAGUACUGAACAAAGGGAAGGCCAUCUUCCGAUUUAGUGCCACAUCUGCACUCUAUAUUUUUAGCCCCUUUCAUCCU